AUGGUCGAAAAUAUUGACCCAGAAGAGGUGCUCGCACGUUUCGAAGAGCUUAGCGUUCUCGAGGCAGAUUUUGAUGAUGUUGAAUUAGAGCUUAUCCGAAAGUCAGAUGCGCUGAACGCGCCCCUGUGGAAGAAGCGCGCAGAAGUGAUCGCUAAGAUCCCGCACUUCUGGACUCUCGUCUUCGAGCAGGCUCCACCAGAGCUCGAUUCCUUCAUCUUGCCCUCGGACGCACAGAUUUUCGCCGAAUGCUUCGAAACCUUGGAGGUUACCCGCUUCGAAAUCGACGACCCCAAGGGCUCGCCGCGCAGUGUAUCGCUCAAAUUUGGGUUCGGCGACAACGAAUACUUCGAGGACAAAGUGUUGGAGAAGAAGUUCUGGUUCCGUAAGUCGCGAGACUGGGAAGGCCUCGUAUCUGAGCCGGUAAAGAUCAACUGGAAGAAAGGCCAGGACCCCACAGGAGGUCUCACAGAUGCAGCCAUCAAGCUUGCUGAGGCAAGGAAGAAGGCUAAUGCUGCAAGCAACAAGGCGAAGGAGUCCGAGUUGCCCGAGUACAAGAAGCUAGUCGCGAUGAUCGAGGAGAGCACUGAGGCUUCACCAAGCUUCUUCGCGUGGUUCGCGUUUGUCUCCGACUACCGGUGGGUAAGCGCGGAAGAAAGUGAGCAGGCCGCGAAAGAGGAUGCUGAGCGGCUGGAGAAGCUAAAGCGCGGCGAAAAGGUCGAGGAACCGGAAGAUGAAGAGGAUGACGCGACCGACUACCAGGAGACUGAGGUCUUCCCCCAGGGUGGCGAGAUUGCAACCCUCAUUGCAGAAGACUUAUGGCCAUCCGCCAUCAAGUACUACAAGCAAUCCCACGAACAGGAUGGAGAUGAUCUUUCCGAGAUCGACGUCGAAGAUAUGGACGAAGACGAAGACGAGUCUGGCGACGAGAUCGACAUCCGCGGCCUGGUAGGCAAAGGCCGAACUGGCUCGCCUCCAGCCAAGAAACAACGAAAGGCAUAG